GAUCAUUAUGUAUGUUCUAGUUCGUUCCUAUAUAUAUACACCGUGACUUUGUCGCAACGCAGUUCGAGAUGCUCGUCACAUAGCAAUCUCUCACUUUUUUCUUCUCUUUUCACUCAAACCAAGAUCGCAAUUUCAAUACUCCAUUUCUUGCAUUACGAAAGAGAGAUUAAGCAAUGGCAGAUGGUGAUAAUAUUGAGGAUGUGAACAAUCAAGUUCACUGUGAUAAUAAUAAUAAUAAUUCUGGGGAUGAUCUCAAAGAUUCUCAGAAAGUUGCAGAUAAUGAAAACUCAAUGCCCUCUUCUCAACAAGAGGAAGACGCUGUAAAGAAAAAGUAUGGAGGGAGAUUGCCAAAGAAGCCUCCACUAAUAUCCAAGGAUCAUGAACGUGCUUAUUUUGAUUCUGCUGAUUGGGCUUUGGGGAAGCAAGGAGCACAAAAGCCUAAAGGACCACUUGAAGCACUCCGUCCAAAACUGCAGCCAACUCAUCAGCAGGCUCGAUCAAGGCGCUCAGCUUAUGCUCCAGGAGAUGGUUCUGAAGUUGACGGGGAGGAUCCAAGUUCUGCUGACGAUGUUGCUACUGAAGAUGUUGCCGGUGAUAAGAGUGAUGCUGCUCAAGAUCAAAGUUCCCAUUAGUAGUUACGGGUUUGAGCUAUAGAUUGCAUUUUGACAGUGGUGGUUUCUUGUCUGAAUUUAGAUGCAAAUGAUGAUGCAUAUUAGAGUUGGUUGUGCUAAUAACUAGUUUGAAGCGGUUGUAACCAUGAAUUUCAUGAUGUGCUAGGAUUGCACAGUGAGAGAGAUCCUGAACUAUUGCGCCCAGUUGUAAUAUUUCAUGUUUUACAAACAAAAGAUAGUUAUCUAAAAUAAGAUUGGAUGCUUAACAG